UAAAUACAGAAGAAUUAUGUGUGGAAUAAAAGCUACUAAACUUGCUUUACGUAAAAAAAUGAAAACCAUUGUUGCACAGCUUAGUGCUGAAGAAAAACAAAGACAAUCAAGGAAGGUGUUUGAAAAACUAUGUUCUCUACCACAAUUUCAAGAAAGCAAAAGGGUUUCCAUAUAUCUAAGUACAAAGGAUGAAAUUGAUACAACCCAAAUACUAAAACAUAUGUUUAAAAUGAAAAAACAAGUAUUUGUUCCUAGAUAUAAAGGAAAACAAAUGGAAAUGGUUAAACUAAGUUCAAUGCAAGAUUAUGCUAAACUACCAUUAACCAAAUGGAACAUUAAACAACCAAACUUUGAUGAAUUAAGGGAAAAUGCAUUGGAAACUGGUGGACUGGAUUCAAUAAUUUUACCAGGUGUCGCAUUUACUGCUGAUGGAAAACGUUUAGGACAUGGGAUGGGUUAUUACGAUAAAUUUUUGGAAUUAUGUUUGAAGAAACAACAAAAACGACCACACUUAAUUGCAGUGGCAUUUAAUGAACAAUUGUGGGAAAAUAUUCCUACAUCUGAAAAUGAUAUAUUG